GUAGGAUUAUGCAAUGCGAACUUAGAAAGGAAUACUAAAAAGAUUAUUAGAGUAAAUAAAUUAAAAUAAUAAAGCGUGGUUUGAAGGCAGAGAAGCAACCCUAAAGAAUGUGUAAAGCCCAAAUGUUGGAGCCGGUAUAUAAAGAGGGCGCUCCCAGCCGCUCUCGCCUCACAAAUUCAUUUUGGUCUAAUAAUAAUAUCUGUUGGAAGGCAAGCUCCUUAUUUUUGUGAAGAUGUCGGACGAAGAGCAUCAGUUUGAAUCAAAGGCAGAUGCAGGAGCAUCAAAGACAUACCCACAACAAGCUGGUACUAUCCGUAAAAACGGUUACAUUGUCAUCAAAGCCCGUCCUUGCAAGGUUGUGGAAGUCUCCACUUCCAAAACUGGCAAGCACGGACAUGCCAAAUGUCACUUUGUUGCAAUUGACAUCUUCACUGGCAAGAAACUUGAGGAUAUUGUUCCCUCUUCACACAAUUGUGAUGUUCCCCAUGUUAACCGUACAGAUUACCAGCUUAUUGACAUCUCUGAGGAUGGAUUUGUGAGUCUCCUCACUGACAAUGGUAAUACUAAGGAUGACCUCAGGCUUCCAACAGAUGAGAGCCUUCUCACACAGAUCAAGGAUGGAUUUGCUGAGGGCAAAGACCUUGUUGUGUCUGUCAUGUCUGCCAUGGGUGAGGAGCAGAUUUGUGCACUGAAGGAUAUUGGUCCCAAGUAAAUCGAUUAAGAGCGAUUGAGGCAAAAUAUUUAUUCAAGGGAGAUGGACAUGACGGUAGCAGAAACAGGAUAUGGACCAAGCUUGUUCAAGAACAUCUACAUCUACUUAGUAUUCUUGAUAUAUGUCCAUAUUAGGACUUCCUGAGUUAGAUUGUUGUUUUAAUAUGCCUUGGAAUUUGAUCUAUUUAUCUUAAAGGUCUUCAAAUUUGGUGUGGGGAAAAGUUAAUCUUGCAUUAUGCACAAAUUUUGCACCUUCAGUUUUUAUGAAGCUACAUAAUUGU